AUGGCAAAUAAUCCAAGAAAACUUAUUCGAUAUUUAAGUGAACAAUAUCAGAACUAUGGUUACAUUGAUGAACAAAGUAAUGAGAUGAAACAAUCGAUUAAAUCAACGUUCAAGAUUCCAAUGAAAAAUUUUCUUCGUCAAAUCUCAGUAGAAGUUAAAGAAAAAAUUGAUCGAUUAGAACAAGGAACACAGAUAGUUAAUAAAGUUUUACAACAAAAAUCGACAUUUACUUCUUUAAUAUCAACUGAUAAAGAUCAAGAAACAAAUCAACAUACAAUUAUUGAAACUGGUAUUACACAUCGUGAAAUGAAAAGUGGUAGUCAACGAUUACGAUGGAAUCUAUUAUUCAAUCUUCUAUUAUGGGUUAUUAUUCCACUUCCAAUCUGGAUUCCAUUUAUUUCAAAUCAAGUUGCUUUAUAUCUUUUACCAUCAAUGCAUGCUAUAUUUGUAUUGAUGUGGGUUGUUAUUACAAUAUUAGCUCUUCGAAAUGUUUUGAUCUUGUAUAUGAAUCGAUCACAAAGCUAUACAGAAAAAAUUGCUAAACUCGAAAAAAAGCCUAUUCGUCAUAUUGUUGCUAUUAGUUGUUAUAAAGAACCGAUUGAAUUAAUUGUUACAAGUGUACAAUCAGUAGCUAAUCAAACUGAAGUACAUCGAAUAACUUUGGUCAUAUCGUUUGAAGAGAAAACACCAGAUAAAGAAGAAAAAUGUAAAUAUUUACAAAAUAAAUUUGAACAUGCUGGUUUUGAACAAAUUAUAUUUACUAUUCAUCCACGUGGUUUACCAAAUGAAAUUCCUGGCAAAUGUUCGAAUUCAAAUUACGGCCUUCGAAUGGCUGUUAAUCAAAUGAAUAUUAUUAAUGAUGAUGAUAUGAAAAAUAUUUUAGUAACAACAUGUGAUGCUGAUUCAAAAUUUCCAUCAAAUUAUACUGCUGCAUUAACAUGGAAAUAUUUAGAAGAAAAACAACCAGCAUUAACAACAAUUUAUCAAUCACCAUUAUUUUACAAUUGGAAAUUAGAUAGUCUGUCAUUUAUAACACGUGUUACAGGACUUUUAAGAAGUUUAUUAAUGUUGGGUGCUUUAAUUCCAUUCAAUAUCAAUACGAUGAGUAUUUUUUCAUUUUCAUUAAGUCUCGCAAAAAAAGGUAAUUUUAUUCAUCCGGGUUAUCAAAUGGACGAUAUUAUUUGUUUAAUUCGAUGGAUGGGUGUUACUCAACAACGUCUUCGAAUUUCAAUGAUACCCGUGCCAGUCGUAAGUGGACCAACGUCAGGUGAAACAAUCGAAACUGAAAUUAUGGAAUGGGCAAGACAAGCACGGCGUUGGACUAUUGGAGCAGCAGAAGUCUUUCAUUAUUUUAUUAUUAAAGCAAAACAUAUACCAAAAAUAGCAGCAUUUUCAUGGGGUUUUGUUUUUAUUAUUUAUUAUGGAGUUCUUCUGUGUACUGCUGGUUUAUUUAAUUUUGCAUCAACAAUAUCAAUGUUAUUACUAGUUAAAAAUGUUCCACCAAUAAUUACUUACAUUAUGUAUGGCCUAUUUGGUCUACAAAUGUUAACAUUUCUAGUUGCAUUUAUAAUUGAUGCAAUUAUAGUUCGAUUAAUCAAUGUUCAUGAAUUUAUUUUUAUUCUUCGAAAUAUCUUUCAUUUCAUAUCAACACCAUUUGUUCUUGUAGCCUAUUCAUUAGUUGAACUUUAUGCAUUACAUGAAGUAGUCAUAUUCGGCAAAAAAGUGUGUAAACAUGGAGCAUCAGCAAAGAAUAUCUUAAACUAA